CGUUCCUGUAACAAAAAAUGACCUCAUCUCCAAGUGCGCCGACGCCACCGCCAGCUCCAGCAGCGCCUUCGGUGAAGUCUCCAACUGUUCCAACAUCUGGAUCGACCGCAGAUGGGAUGCGUGCACUGCAAGAAGCGCAGCGAAAGCUGGAGGAGAGUUUGGCAAAGGUUGAGAACCAGAUCCGAGAUAACGAAGCAAGCUAUCUCGAGGACACGGCGCACGGCAACAUCAUUCGAGGCUGGGACGGAUAUGCUGACAUGCGAGGGAAGAAGGACGCGCUGGUGAAGAAAGUUCGCCCAUACACCGACAACGAGAAACUCUUUUCUACGUCGAGUGUGCACACGGGGGCGAAAUCUGUUGCUGUGUCGACCAGUUCCGCAGCGACAGCGACGGCAGAUCAAGGAGACGACGCCGACACGAACGACACGGGCACCGACGAACCAAAACGAUCCAAGAAGAAAGCAGCAGCAUCGGCGACUGCUGAAGGCGGUCGGAGAGCUGUGCCUGGGAAGACUCCGACCACCGUGAAGAAGUCCAAGAAGCGCAAGCUCAUGGACGACGACUUCGACGAGCUAGAUGAUGCGAUAUAAUCAACUUAUUCAAAAGCAUGUUCAAGCCAGCGCGGUGGAGCCAUGUGCAGUCGACAAUUUGAGCUACAGCUCUGGACGCCAUCGCGUGGUGCAACAAACUCGAGAGCUCGCGCCGAUGUUGCUACAACUUGAUCCAUAGGUGGGCCGUCCGUGGAUUCAAACCAAGCCUUGGCUCAAAUACGACCUGGGCACGACUCUUCACAAGUUCUUUUCGAAGCGACAUGCUCUCCAUGGACAAAGCAGCUCCAACCUAACCUUCCCUGUCACUGACGCGACUUGUCGUGGCUGGAGUUGUCGGGGCUGCCUCAGCCGCAUCAACAAGUGCGCCAUGCGCGGCUUUGUGAGGCUGAACAGGAAGCAGAAUCGGCAGCUUCAAGUUGGCCGAUUCGUUUGUGGAACAUAUCGCGUACGACGUCGAUCCCCUGCAUUGCGAGAGCAGUUCACAAAGUACUCUCGCGUGCAUCCCGCAUGCCAAAGCAAGUCCACCCCGCGCGGCGACACCAUCCACACACAACACACACACAACGUACAUUACGUUUUCAUACGCCACCACGUCAUUCAACGUGACGCCGCCGCCACGACUUGGUCGACCACGGACAAGUACUCGCGCGCAAACCCUGGACGAAAGUGGUUCGAAUCCUUCAUGAUCGGCUCGCCUUUCGGAUUCACGACUUCGCACACGUCGUGCCAGCACUGGUUGUCUGAAUAGUCGAUGAGGGUCGCGCCGGACGCGGCGAUCGCACUCUCCACCUUGUCCAGGAGGUCCUUGUGGGCCAACCGAAAGGCAGAUCGGGAGAUAGGUCGCACGUCGCCGACGCGAGAUCCCUGCUUCAUGUUGUUUGGGUCGAAGCUCGGGCCUUCGGGGUUGGCCGUUGCAACAAACACGUGGAUGCCGAGGCCACGGAGUUGGGUCAUUUGCUCCUGGAACACGCGCAAGAUCUCGACCACGUCGUUGGGGCUCUGGUACUCGCACUUGUCUACGUAGCCCGGAACGCAGCAGCGCGGAUUCUCGUGCAACGGGUCUGUGUCGGCGCCGCCAGGCCGAAGGAAUUGUGGCCAGUUCAUGCUGUGAAACACGACCUUGGGCAUGAUUGUCUGGAUCAUGUUCAUGUUGAACGGGUGGAACGCUGGGAUACAUGACAGGGCAGGUGUGCCGUCGUGGGUCUUGAAAACCAUCGUGGGAAACGGCUUGCCGGCGGCACGGGCGUCUUGAAAUAGUUUGUAAAAUCGAGGCUUGAUUUGAUCGAGGUGCGAGUCGCCGAGCCCGACAAUCACCGUCGCUUGGCCGGGAUUUAGGACCUUGGCAUGGUCGUCGUGCCCGUACGGAGAACCCUCCGGCACGCUUUCGAACCCGACGUCCGGAUUCCACUCGCCAGCGGCUUGGACGAGCUUGAUAUACGUGGGUUGCUCGAUACGCGGGCCACGGCUUGAGUUGGGCACUUCAUCCCCACCACGAGCGACGUCCGCCACAGUUUGACUCGUCGCGACGACACUCGCGCUACUAGUCGCUACCGCUGCAGUGGUUGCUUGGACGUCCCCUGCUGCCGCCUUCACCUCUUCCACCAUGGUUGUCGACGGCUCGGUCGCAACUGCCAUGAUCGCCCCCACGUCGACGGGCACGGCCCCUGCAUUCGCCUCGGGGCGGUUUGCAGCCGAGAGAACGAUGUCAAUCUCGCGCUGGGUAAACGAGAACGGCUUGGGGUUUGCACACACGAUCGCCGACAGAAUGCACAACGCCACCAUGCACAGUACCAGAGCAGGCAGGACUUUCUUCGACCUGUUAUGGCGCAGGGGGUUUUCGACGUUCGCCACCGUCGCGAUGCUCAAGGCAAACGAUAGUGCAACCAUCGCGACUGGGGUCAUGUAAAACGGCCGAAAGUCCGCGUUCGGGUACCGCUCCUUGGCAAACACGAGAAGUGGCCAGUGCCACAGGUACAAGCCGUACGAGAUCUUGCCGAUGUACACAAAGGGGCUAGCCGACAGCACGCGCGCGUUGAGAAGCGUAUGGGGGCCCGCUGCGAUCAACAGCGAUGCCGCUAGAGUCGGCAGCAUCGCCCAAAAGCCUGGAAACGCGCUGGAUUCGUCAAGCGACGCAAAUGCAAUCAAGAGCAGCGCCGCGCCCGACCCAGACAUGAUGUGUGGCUUGGCGCCGUCGUUGGUCGACAUGAGCUGCGGGAACUUGGCAUGGUGGAGAAAGGCCAAAACGGACCCCGCACCCAUCUGCCAGAACCUCGCGAGAGGAAAGUAAAACGCCCACUUGUUCGACCCGUUCACAUUCAGUAGCGCAAGGUUGACGAUGAAGCUCGCGGCCAAAAUCGACACUUGUACCCACAACGCCUUGAUCGGUCGCUGUUUGACCACGCACGCCACCACGAACGGCCAGAUAAAGUAAAACUGCUCCUCCACCCCGAGCGACCACAAAUGCAAGAGUGGGUUCUCCUUGAUGUCGGCGUCCCAGUACCCCCGUUCGAGUCCCACGAGCUGCAAGUUGGCCCCGAACAACGUUCCAGCUAACAUCGUCGCCGCCAGCGACUUGAGCUUGCCCGCCAGCAAAUACAAACACCCAAGCCACAGCGUCGUGGAGAGCACAACGAUCAUGGUCGGGAAGAUGCGGCGCACACGGCGCGCGUAAAAGUUGCCAUACGUGAACUUGCCGUUGGCCAUUUCCUUGAACAAGAUGCUCGAGAUGAGGUACCCGGAGAUGACAAAGAACACAUCAACCCCGACAAAGCCACUGGGGAACCGGUCAGGAUACGCGUGAAACAGCAGCACCGGCACGAUGGCCACCGUGCGAAGGCCGUCGAUGUCCGGGCGGUACGUAAUGGGGGCCUUUGGGGGCUUCUUGACGGCAUCUUCCGCGUUCGCGUGCGAUGAUUCAAGGUCGACAUGGGACGAGCCCCCGUCAUAGGACGCAACGAUCAACUCGGCCGCAUCCGGGUCGAGUGGGGUAGGGACAGACAUCGUUUUGUGGGUUUUCUCCGUGCUGGAAUUGCCGCGGCGACAAACGCUGGUGGGAAGGUAGCGAAUUGAGCUCUGAUGGCGAUGGAGCGGAGGCAGUUGAUUGCCCAAC